GAGGGAGGCCGGGCAGGCGGCGGAGCGGUGCGGCUCUCAAUCUGACGGGGAAGUGGCCCGAGCGGCCGCGGCUGAGUGUCCCGGGGCGGACAGACCGACGGACGACGGAGGCGGGAGCUAGGAGCCGUGCCGGGCGACCGAGAGAGUGAGCGGGUCAGGCUCAGCGUUGGCCAGUCUGUCGGUCCGCUGAAUGAAGUGCCCGCCCCGCUGAGCCCGGAGCCCGGCGCUUUCCCCGCAAGAUGGACGGUUUCGCCGGCAGCCUCGAUGAUAGUAUUUCUGCUGCAAGUACCUCUGAUGUUCAAGAUCGCCUCUCAGCUCUUGAGUUACGAGUUCAACAACAAGAAGAUGAAAUCACAGUGCUAAAGGCAGCUUUGGCUGAUGUUUUGAGGCGGCUUGCAAUUUCUGAAGAUCAUGUAGCCUCAGUGAAAAAAUCAGUUCCAAGUAAAGGCCCACCAGGCCUUCGAGAAGCUAUUUCUAUGUCCUGUAUAACCAACGGGAGUGGUGCAAACAGAAAGCCAAGCCACACCAGCUCUGUCGCAAUUGCAAGGAAAGAGACUCUUUCAUCUGCUGCUAAAAGUGGUACAGAAAAAAAGAAAGAAAAACCACAAGGACAGAGAGAAAAAAAAGAGGAAUCUCAUUCUAAUGAUCAAAGUCCACAAAUUCGAGCAUCACCUUCUCCCCAGCCCUCUUCACAGCCUCUCCAAAUACACAGACAAACUCAAGAAAGCAAGAAUUCUACUCCCACCAAAAGCAUAAAACGACCACUGACAACUGAAAAGUCACAUAAUUCAUGGGAAAAUUCAGAUGAGAGUCGUAAUAAAUUAUUGAGAGCAGUUUCAACAUCAAAAUUAAUAUCAAAAGUUAUAAAAAAUUCAGAUAAGCAUAAAGAUGUCAUCAUCAACCAAGCAAAAAUGUCAACCCGUGAAAAAAACAGCCAAGAAGGAGAAUAUGUUAAAAUGUUUAUGCGAGGUCGACCAAUUACAAUGUUCAUUCCUUCUGAUGUUGAAAACUAUGAUGAAAUCAGAACAGAACUGCCUCCUGAGAAGCUGAAACUGGAGUGGGUGUAUGGUUACCGAGGAAAGGACUGUCGCGCUAAUGUUUACCUCCUUCCUACUGGAGAAAUCGUAUAUUUCAUAGCAUCAGUAGUAGUACUAUUUAAUUAUGAGGAGAGAACUCAGCGACACUACCUGGGGCACACAGACUGUGUGAAAUGCCUUGCUAUACAUCCUGACAAAAUUAGGAUCGCAACUGGACAGAUAGCUGGAGUGGAUAAAGAUGGAAGGCCUCUGCAACCCCAUGUCAGAGUGUGGGAUUCAGUUAGUUUAUCCACGCUGCAAAUUAUUGGACUUGGGACCUUUGAGCGUGGAGUUGGAUGCCUGGAUUUUUCAAAAGCAGAUUCAGGUGUUCAUUUAUGUGUUAUUGAUGACUCCAAUGAGCAUAUGCUUACUGUUUGGGAUUGGCAGAAAAAAUCAAAGGGAGCAGAAAUAAAGACAACAAAUGAAGUUGUUUUGGCUGUGGAAUUCCAUCCAACAGAUGCAAAUACCAUAAUAACAUGUGGUAAAUCUCAUAUUUUUUUCUGGACUUGGAGUGGUAAUUCACUAACAAGAAAACAGGGAAUUUUUGGGAAAUAUGAAAAACCAAAAUUUGUGCAGUGUUUAGCAUUCUUGGGGAAUGGAGAUGUCCUUACUGGUGACUCAGGUGGAGUCAUACUUAUAUGGAGCAAAACUACUGUAGAACCCACGCCGGGGAAGGGGCCCAAAGGUGUUUAUCAGAUCAGCAAACAAAUCAAAGCACAUGAUGGGAGUGUGUUCACACUUUGUCAGAUGAGAAAUGGGAUGUUGUUAACUGGAGGAGGGAAGGACAGAAAAAUAGUUCUGUGGGAUCAUGAUCUGAAUCCUGAGAGAGAAAUAGAGGUUCCUGAUCAGUAUGGAACCAUCAGAGCUGUAGCAGAAGGAAAGGCGGAUCAAUUUUUAGUGGGCACAUCACGAAACUUCAUUUUACGGGGAACAUUUAAUGAUGGCUUCCAAAUAGAAGUACAGGGUCAUACAGAUGAGCUUUGGGGUCUUGCCACACAUCCCUUUAAAGAUUUGCUCUUGACAUGUGCUCAGGACAGACAGGUGUGCAUGUGGAACUCGGUAGAACACAGGCUGGAAUGGACCAGGCUCGUAGAUGAACCAGGACACUGUGCAGAUUUUCAUCCAAGUGGCACAGUGGUGGCCAUAGGAACGCACUCAGGCAGGUGGUUUGUUCUGGAUGCAGAAACCAGAGAUCUAGUUUCUAUCCACACAGAUGGGAAUGAACAGCUCUCUGUGAUGCGCUACUCAGUAGAUGGCACCCUCCUGGCUGUAGGAUCUCAUGACAACUUUAUUUACCUCUAUGUAGUCUCAGAAAAUGGAAGAAAAUAUAGCAGAUAUGGAAAGUGCACUGGACAUUCCAGCUAUAUCACACAUCUUGACUGGUCCCCAGACAAUAAGUAUAUAAUGUCUAACUCAGGAGACUAUGAGAUACUGUACUGGGACAUUCCAAGUGGCUGCAAGCUAAUCAGGAAUCGAUCAGAUUGUAAGGACAUCGAUUGGACAACAUACACCUGCGUGCUAGGCUUUCAGGUCUUUGGUGUCUGGCCAGAAGGAUCCGAUGGGACAGAUAUCAAUGCACUGGUGCGAUCCCACAACAGGAAGGUGAUCGCUGUUGCUGAUGACUUUUGCAAAGUCCAUCUGUUUCAAUAUCCCUGCUCCAAAGCAAAGGCUCCCAGUCACAAGUACAGCGCCCACAGCAGCCAUGUCACCAAUGUCAGUUUUACUCACAGUGACAGUCACCUGAUUUCAACUGGUGGAAAAGACAUGAGCAUCAUUCAGUGGAAACUUGUAGAAAAGUUAUCUUUGCCUCAAAAUGAGAUUGUAGCCGAUGGUACUCUAACCAAAGCCCCCAUCUCUUCCAUUGAAAGUGUCAUGCAAUCUGAUACUCCCACACCGCCUCCUUCUCAGCCCUUAAAUGAGGCAGCUGAAGACGAGAGUAGAAUAAGCAAUUCUCCCACACUUCUGGAGAACAGCCUGGAACAGACCAUGGAGCCCAGCGAAGACCACAUCGAGGAACAGAGUGAAGGGGGCAGCGAUGACCUCGGUGAGCCUACUUUUGAGGAGCCAUCCAGCGAGAUGAGCAAGGAGCAGAGGGAAGCUGUUCUCACCGAGGCCCUGCAGAGCCCCCCACCCCUGUCUUAACGCCAGGGCUUCGGUGCGAUUCUCUCCUCCUCCAGCUGCAUGUGAUCUUGUGAUAGGGGUCAGAUAACAGGCCGGGAAGUGAGGCAGAUCGCUAGUGAUUGAGAUUUGGUUUCCACACGAUCUGUUUUCAGUGGUCUUACCUUCAGUCUCAAAUGCAGCCGACCUAACGGUUGUUUGGUGUGUGCUGAAAAUUAACCAAACUCUUAAAUAGCAGGAGAGACUGAAAUAUUAAUGUCUCAGAAAUGACCACAGAUGUAAGUGGUGUGAUGUAAAUACUGGAAACAAAAACAGCAGUUGUAUGGAUUUAAAAUAAACCCCUUGUCAUCUGAACAAGUUUUCUUCAGGAACAACCAGAGGCAUCACAAACACUGUUACUCAUCUACUGGCUCAGACUGCUUUUUUUUUU